CCGGGACUACCGGAAAUGACGUCACUGUUCCGCGGCAACCUGCCCUUUGGGUAAAUAUUGAUGGUACGUUUUUACGUCCCUGGGUAGACUGUCAGGAGAUCUGAAUGGACACAAAACGGAGGGGUAAUUCCAGUUCACUGUACAGACGGCAUUCCUAUCGGACCUGAUGAUCGUUUUAGCCUUUUUAUCCGCGCUUGUGGCGGUGCCCGUUAAAGCGGAUUUGUUUCACUUUGAUAGCAUCUCAAAUGUCUCAACCUAUUACUUCAACUACCUCUACUGCCAUGUUUGGGAAGGGGAAUGUCAACCGAACCAGGACGAUGCGACCCAGCAAGUGCCUACAGGAAGUAUGUGGUCGUGGCUUUCUCAGGAUUAUAAAGGCAUGCUGACCAAUUGGUACUGCAGCAUUGGGCAAUGCUGUGAUUCAGGAGACUGCCGAAUUACCAACAACAUCACAGGUCUAGAGCGGGAUCUACAGCUAAAACUUCAUGGGCAGCACCUGGCCCAGUCGGUGGUCCUCAAGGCAAUUCAAGGCUUCAUUAAUAACCCUGAUUCCAACAAGCCCCUGACUCUGUCGUUCCACGGUUGGUCAGGCACAGGCAAAAACUUUGUGGCCCGGUUGGUGGCAGAUAACCUGUACCGUGACGGAGUGAAGAGUGAGUGUGUGCGUCUAUUCAUCGCUCCAUUCCACUUCCCACAUGCGAGACUGGUGGAUGUCUACAAGGGCCAGCUGAGGGAGGCUAUUAGAGACAUGGUCCUCCGUUGUCCACAAACACUCUUCAUUUUUGACGAGGCAGAGAAACUGCACCCUGGGCUUAUUGAUGCCAUUAAGCCCUAUAUGGACCACUAUGAUAAUGUGGAUGGUGUUAGCUACAGAAGAGCUAUAUUCCUGUUCCUCAGUAAUAUUGGUGGCGCAGCUAUUAAUGAUGUAGCAUUGGACUUUUGGCAUUCGGGGCAGAACCGGGAAGAUAUUGGUAUGGAAGAUCUGGAACAUCGACUGCGAGCAGAAUCUAUGGAGGCUGAAGGAGGAUUUGCCCAGAGUGAGCUAAUGUCAGGGCACCUGAUUGACUUCUUUGUGCCAUUCUUGCCUCUUGAAUAUCGCCAUGUUAAACUGUGCGCUCGGGACGCGUUCGUUAUCCGUGGUGUGGAGCCUGAUGAGGCAACUCUGGACGAGGUGGCUAAAGCCAUGCUGUAUGUACCCAAAGAAGAGAAACUCUUUUCUGCACAGGGUUGCAAAUCCAUCCCACAACGAAUCAACUUCUUUUUACCUUAAUAUUAAUACAAUAACACAAUCCCACUGAGCCUACAUGAACUAGUUAAUGCAUACGUAACAGCAAAGCUAAAAUAUGACUGUUAUCAGAUUUUUACAUGCCACUUCACAGGUCCAGGAUUCCCAGGCUGAUCCUGAGCUUGGGUUACUAUCUAUGUGGAGGUUCUCACAUUCUCAGGAUGUCCAUGUAGAUUUCUUCCCUCCAUCUGAAGACCCGCUGGGAGUUUGAUUGGCUAUGAUCAAUUGCUUGUUAGCGUGGACCACUGGUGUCCCCAUCCAUGACAUACAGUAUUCCCUCCUCAUGUCCAGUGUUCCCAGGAUAGGCUCCAGAUCCACCAAGACCCUGACCAAAAUAAAGCUGUUACUGCAGGUGAAAGUUUCAGUGAACAUGUAACAUGAAGAUAUUUCAAACCAGAGCUUAUGCUGAGUUAAAAAAAUGGAGAUCUGUUACUUGACCCCACCGAGACCAUUUUUUUUUCGUAUUUAUAUCAGUCUAAUAGAGCUUUUCCACUGAACAGUGCUAUAUAGUUAAUAUUUGGAACUCUGGUCAGGUAGCUGUGCCCACACAAAUUUGAUCUUAAAAUUGUUGCAAAUAAAAUAAAAUAAAUAAAAGCAAGAAUGUCACAUGAAAAUGUUUACAAUAUGACAUACUUAUUUUUUCCUAGUGGCAUGGCAGAAGUCUCCAGUAAUUAGAGUGUGUGAUUCGGAAGAAGUGUGAACUGUGAUUUAUUUAUUUAUUUAUUUAUUUAUUUAUUUAUCUAUCUAUCUAUCUAUCUAUCUAUCUAUCUAUCUAUCUAUCUAUCUAUCUAUCUAUCUAUCUAUCUAUCUAUCUGUCUGUCUAUCUAUCUAUCUAUCUAUCUAUCGGUAGUAGGCGUAAUGUUUUCAUUGCCACAACAAAUUGAAGGUUGUGAAAAAGCUAUAAAUAAUUUAAAUACAGUUGCUUUAAAAGUAUGCCUAAACUAUAUAUUUGUAAAGGUAAAUUAAAGGAUGGUAAGGUGAGUCAGUUAUUAUGAAAUCAAAGUUUAAAUCUCAGUAAAGUUCAUUGUACUCAGUAUCCGAACAUUAAAAUAGGACAUUAUUGGGGCUUAUACCACUAAUUACAUUGUGCCUGAUAUUAAAGGUUAGACUCUGACUCAGGCAGACUUUGUCCUACCCCCAGUGGUUUGUAUGUUGGUUCUGUUUGCAGCAAUCAGAGUCCAUCGAUUACCCCAGCUUUACUGCCAUGCAACAUAUUUUGUUUAGAAUGUAACACUACUGCUAAAACGUCCAAAAAGAAAUGUCUGCUCUUGAGUACACUUCUGUUCAAGAACAGCAUUUUCAUACUCACUAAAAAUUCUUCUUCUUUGUUGCCUUAUGAGUCGGUUUUAUCUGUGUGAGCCUCACUUUUGAGAAAACCUGUUAUGAAAAUUGGUUCUUGUGUGGUCAGUUCAAUGAUAUUGAUUUAUAAAUGACCACACAGCAUUGUGGCCAUAUAUUCACCCAGGUUUUCCAUUCAAUCUUAUAUUUACAACCACUGAUUUCUGUGAUUCUAUACAGUUUUUACAAGUGACAUGACACCUGGAAGACUUUCCACCAUGACAAAGGGGGUUACCAAAUUUAUUACAGCCACUUAUGCACAGUAACUUAACAGGAAAUGUUACAUUUCAGAUUCUGUUUUCAUAACCUGACUUCCCUUAGAAAACUUCAUAAAUAUAUAGGUUAAGUGUGGCUUUUUUUUUUUUUAAAAAAACAAAA